AAAAAUAAAAGUUCGCAGCAGCAGUUCGUUCGGUCAGUCCAGUUCAACUUUCCUUGAGGAAAAAAAGUCCUCUUCUCUUUAUCAAUAAACUCGGUCCGGCGGUGGUGUUGUGUGCAUAGGUAAUUCCCAAAAGCCUAUAAAUAGCUCCAUAUGCAACGCUAACAAACACGGUGGCAGAGCGUUCCUUCGUUUCGGUUUCUCUCCGCGUUCCGAUAAGUGUCCCCAUCCGGCAGCACCAUCUUCCUGCUCCUGCCGCCCGAGAGUGUGAAUCAUUUUAUUUGUCCGUCCGUCGUCGUCGAAGAAGCCAAACAACUAAAAAAACAACAACGCGGCAGCAGCAAUGAUAACCGUCGAGCAGAUCGCGGCCAAAUAUCCGCUCCACUGGUUCGUCUGGAACAACGACUUCCGGGAGCUGCAGCAGGCCCUCGAAAAGGGGGAGCAUGACCUGGAGCAGUUGGACCCGAGGGGACGUACGCCGCUCAUGCUGGCCGUUAAACUGUGCCACUUGGAGUGCGUCAAGGCACUGCUCGGGGCCAAGGCAAACGCAAACUUCGAACACGACGGAUGGUCCGUGGUCCAGGAAGCGGUCUGCUCCGGCGAUACCCAGAUCCUCACCGCCGUGCUGGAAGUCCGCGAUCUCCAGCGCCACAUCAAGCGCGUCUCGCACGUGCCCCAGCUGCUGCAGCACCUUCAGGACACGCCCGACUUUUACGUCGAGAUGAAGUGGGAAUUUACGAGUUGGGUUCCGCUCAUGUCGCGGGUUUGUCCCAGCGACACGUACAAGGUGUACAAGCGCGGCUCGAACGUCCGGAUCGACACGACGCUGCUUGGGUUUGAUAACAACAGUUGGCAGCGGGGCAAUCGGAGUUAUAUUUUUAAGGGACACGCCGAGACGGCUACGAUGAUCGAGAUUGACCACGAUACGGGGGAGGUUUCGGUGGAGCACAUGCGCAACCUGGAGGCGGAAGCGAUCGAUGGGAUUCCACCGUCGAAGGAAUCGGUAGCGUUGCGACUGCAGGCGCCGGUGAUCUGCAAUCACAUCGACAUGGAUAAGAUUAGCUUCGAGCGGAACAAGUCCGGGUUUUGGGGCUGGCGCAGUGAAAAGUCGGAGAACAUUAACGGGUACGAGUGCAAGGUGUACGGCGCGAGUAACGUGGAGUUUAUCACGCGAACUCGGAACGAACAUCUGAGUGAGGAGCAGGCACGCAUCAAGAGUUCGCGAACUCCGCUGCAACACUUUCUGGGAAUGGCCGAAGAGGACUACGACCACGCCGGUUCGAACGCCUCGCCAAGUGCACUUAAGGAUUCCUGCGCGUCUCCGUUGCUGGUCGACAGCAACACCAACAGCCCGGUCCACGAGCCAACGACGUCGUCCUCGUCCAGCAGCAACGAUUCCGCGAUCGCCAAAGCUCCGAGUCCGGAGGAAUACUUCUCCGAGGGAUUGGACCUGCAAGGACGGGACGUGGGCAAACCAAAGAGAGUUACGGCCAAAGUACAGCGCUUCAAGGCCAACAUUUGGCUCGGGGAUGAUUUCCCGAUCAAGCUGCAGGAGCAAGUGUUGCCGAUUCUGGAUUUGAUGUCAACGAUGGCCAGUCCACAUGUGUCAAAGCUGAAAGACUUUAUCACGAUGCAGCUUCCGUCCGGGUUCCCGGUCAAAAUUGAAAUUCCCCUCUUCCACGUGCUGAACGCGGUCGUCACGUUCGGCAAUGUGUUUGCGAUCGAAACGCCCGUCGCGAAUGUGACCUCGAUCGAGGAGUCGGACGACCGGACCAGUUGCGUCAUCGACGACUGCUGCUUCGACGUGCCGGCCGAGUACGUGCGCCGAUCGAGCAGCGAUUACCGCCGUCAGGUCACCUUCGAGGACGAGGACGAGUUGAUGCAGUUUGCGAUCCAGCAGAGCCUGAUCGACUCGGGCAGCGAAAACGACGAAGUGGACAUUUGGGAGGCACUCCGCGCCCAGCGACCCCUCACGCCCAACUUUUACGAGGACGAGCAGCUGCAAAGAGCUUUGCAAGAAUCACUGAUCACGGGCUAUCAGCAGCAGCAACAACAGCAGCACCAGAGUGGUGAUACUAGCAGCGGAGAUCUUGUUGUACCUGCCCGACCUGCUGCCCUCGACAAUGGCCAGGCCGCCGCCGCCGCUCUGGACGAAGUGGACAGCAUACCGGACUACCUCGACCCGAACCUGGAGCUAGCGAUCAAGCUGAGCCAGGAGGAGGAACGACGCCGCGAGGAGGAACGCAAACGGGAAGAGGAAAUGCUGGCCGAGGUGCUGCGGCUCAGUUUGGAGGAGAAGUAGAGCCACUUCCGGUCGGUAGGUUCCGUUUGCUUCCAAACACUUGAUUCCAAAAAAAAAAGGAACCACUCCCUUCCCUAAGCGAUAGAUGACGACAGGAACGGCAAGGUUCAACAGAAGAGGAAAAAAUAUGUCUAAAUUCGAAUAUAGGAUAUUCGUGCAGUGUGUAACAAUUAACUAUUGGUAAACGACGUAUAUUUAUUAUCACUAGCCAUUUUUUCAUAAUAUUUAUACAAUAGUGAUUGUGAAAGAAUUAAAAAUAACUUUUUUAUAUAUUGUAUCCUAUGUAUAGAGUUAGAAUCGCUGCUAAGAGAAAAAGAAAACAAGAAAGGUAUAAAACCAACAAGCUACACAGAAAACAAACGACACUAUUUCAGCAGGUGCACCGAAAAUAAGUUAACUUUAAUAUAAAUAUUCUAUUCAAACUAUUUUAUACACAAUUAACCAUACCUUUUUCUCGGUACUAUAAUUUUCCAAUUUCUCAGUGAUAAAGCAAGAGUGAGUGUACCAAAAAUUGUACUGCAUACCCAGACAUUAUUGUAUUGCAUGUUAAACGAAAAGCUACUUUCCAUUUUUUUCUUAAUAUUAUUCAUUUUGAAUAAGUUAUUCAAUUAUAAUUAUGAAUAAACACCUAAUAAAACA